CCACCAUGUACCUGCGAGAACCAUGCACACUGUGAUUGAGGCUCCAAUUAAUGCUAUCAGCACCAACAAGGAUGCAUCCCAGGUUGUGGUUGCAGGCAGGAAUGUUUUUCGAGUAUUCUCCAUAGAAGAUGAUGCCUUUGUGGAGCGUUGCAACCUGAGAGUUGGAAAGAAUUUGAAUCUCAACUUUAGUGCUGCUGAUGUCACCUGGAACCCAGUGGAAGACCACCUGCUGGCCUCAGCAGCUACCAAUGGAGCCGUGGUGACCUGGAAUCUGAACAAGCCAAGCAGGUCAAAACAAGAGUUGGUUUUCAAUGAACACAAGAGGACAGUGAACAGAGUCUGUUUUCACUCCACGGAGGCCAACCUACUACUUAGUGGUUCACAGGAUGGUUUUAUGAAACUUUUUGAUUUAAGAAAGAAGGAGGUCAACUGUACUUUCUCUGGUCAGUCCGAGAGUGUCCGAGAUGUCCAGUUUUGUCCUCACCACUACUUCCAGUUUGCUGCAGCCUAUGAGAAUGGCAACUUACAGCUAUGGGAUCUUCGGAGACCUGACAAGUGGGAAAAGAUGUUCACAGCGCACAGCGGCCCAGCUUUUACUCUGGACUGGCAUCCUGAUGAUAAAAACUGGAUUGCCAGUGCGGGCAGAGAUAGAUCUAUUAAGAUUUGGGAAAUAUCCCACAAACCCCGCCUCCUGCAUACUGUUCAGACAAUUGCAUCUGUAGCCAGAGUCAAGUGGAGGCCUUCCAGAAAGUACCACAUAUCCAGUUGCUCGCUCCUGGUGGAUCAUAAUGUCAAUGUCUGGGAUAUCAGGAGGCCAUACAUACCUUUUGCCUCCUUUGAAGAACACAGAGAUGUGGUCACUGGAAUAAUGUGGAAGAAUGAUCCCUAUGUGUUCCUGAGUGGUAGCAAAGACUGCACUGUCUACCAGCACAUGUUCAAGGAUGCCGUCAGACCAGCUGACCGUGCCAAUCCCAUAGGAAUAGAUACAAAUGUCAAUGGAGACUUGGGCCUCGCCUUCAGUGAUAAACUGCUAGUUGCUGGUAAAUCCCAGACUGGGUCCUCAAUGUUGCCUCAUUUCUUCCGUUCCAAGGGUCCUGAUCGCAGUGAGCAGUUCACCAUGGCAAGCAGCUCAGCUGUCAUUUUUGAAAGUGUUGAUAAGUCUACGGGGUUGGAGUGGUUCAUAGAGUGCGCCACUAGAUACCAGCUGAGCGGGAAAAGUGUGGAAGACCUUUGUGAUCAUAAUGCUGCUGUAGCAGGAAGUCUGAAUAAACACCAGGUUGCCCAGACAUGGCGUAUAUUGAAAUUACUAUAUGGUGGUAACACUGCCACGCCCUGUCCCCCAAGGACGGUGUCUGUCAUAGGAUCCCCAGCAGUGGGGGAGGCACAUAAGGCGGAAAGUGAGAAAGUGAACUUGAAGCAGCAACUGGACGGCCACCUUGUGCAGGAUCACAACAGAAGCACGCACACUGACGGGGAGAAUAAAGACACUGGGGACACCUCCACAGCUGUUAGUGAAGAUGAAUCUGACGCAGAAUCCUCUCUGAGUCUAACAAACAUUGCCAGUGGACAGGUCAACCAGCAAGGAGAUUUUUUCUUUGGUGACGGGGAACUGGAAACUUUUGACUAUCCAGUAACAAUGGCCAAUAUGGACAGUAUGCAGGAUUGGACACUUCCAACAGAGGCAAUCCCACUUCGUCACGAAAUCCAGGACAGGUUGGACUCGCCAGACCCCCUACAAAAUGCCACAGACUCACCCUCUAGUGCCAACGAAAGUGAAUUUAGCUCACAAGCAUUCGGCAAUGCAGAAAACGCAACCCCAAUGUACAAUCUCCAAGCCAUACCUUUUGCAAGUCAGAAUCCACCGUGGGAGUUUUCUCAUCUUGUCUGUGAUAUGUUAGAGUACUUUGCUGAACAGGGAGAUGUUCAGACGUCAGUAUCUGUCCUCAUCAUUCUAGGAAAUAAAAUGAAAACUCCAGUUGAAGAUCAAAAACAAGAACAGUGGUUUAUGGCUUAUUUAGAGUUACUGACCAGGUUCCGGUUAUGGGGUAUAGCCAACGAGGUCAUCAAGCUCAGUAGCCAUCGGGCAGUGGCCAGUCUCAACCAGCAGUCCACCACUGUCCACACCAACUGUAAUAAGUGUUUCAAGCCACUGACCAGAGCUGGCUGGUUGUGUGACCGGUGUAAGGCCUUGACCAGCACGUGUAGUAUAUGUCACUUACCAGUGAAAGGUCUCUUUGCCUGGUGUCAGGGAUGUUCUCAUGGUGGCCAUUUAGAACAUUUACGAGAGUGGCUGAUGACCCAUAAACACUGCCCUACAGGGUGUGGCCAUAUAUGUGAAUACACGUGACCAUUGUUGAGACAACAGCUUAUAGGGAUCUCAAGUUUCUGGGGGGUUUUAAUCAGUAAUAAGAUUUUCCUGACUGUUGGUGGAUUUCUGACUUUUUGGGAGCCAAAAAUAUCAUUUUUGAGAAAAUGCAGGCAGCCCCCUGGGCCCCAUGCUAUAUUUUCAGACGUUUUUCACGAAGUGGUAGCAUCAUCCCUGUUUAAUAUAACAGGAUCCUCAUCGAGAAUGGUCUGUUGUUUUUUUAUCCAUGUUGUUGUUUUUUUUUUUUUUUUUAAAUCCAUAAACAUCUGAUGCCUGUUCUUGCCUUUUAUUUAUACAUUUAUGAGGAUUAUAAUUGAGAAAACCCAAAAUGGUUGCUGGGAUGACAACGUAAAGUGAUGGUAAAUUUCUGGAUUUUUUUUUUUUUUUUUUUUGUCUUCAGGGAUCACAUCCAAGAAACAUAUGCUGCCCGUUGUUCCUGUAUCAUAUGUGGAUUUACUUAUGAUUGUUAAGCUGUGCUGUGACCUUCAUAUCAAGGUCAUUUGUUGAGCAUUAAACAUUUAUAUAGCAAUUGAAAGAAUUUCUGAAAUGUUCAUAUUUUCCUUUGGAACACCAAUGUAUACCAUAUCCAAAAUAAUUAACAAAAUCAUUAUCUAUAAAUUGGUUAUGGCUUUGUAAGUUUUGAAUUUUUAGACACUUUUGUUAUUGGGAUGAAGAGUCUAAGGAACUCCACUUUUAGGAAAAAAGAUGAAAAAAGGAAAAAGAAAUGGAUAUUUAGGUCUUGGUUUUCUUUACACUUUUGGGUAGCAUUUGCCAUGCUGAUAAAGUUAAGUUGUUGGGCAAUCAUCGUUUUUGCUGUGUAAACGUUUAACAUGCAAUAUAUGCCUUUAAGGAUUAGUCCAUCUCUUAGGUGAAAUUCUCUGUGUGUCAACAGUGACCAACAGAUGAUGAAUAUCUGUGAUUACAUUUGGACCCCAUUCCCAGAGAUUAGAUCGAUCCAACUAGAUGGGGGUUCAUGCUAAAUAGCUGUCAGCCGAGCGGG